GCCCAAAUGAUGAGUGUCCUCGCCAUUCUUGUUCGGUGUUUCUCAUGUGUCGCGCGACCCCCUCUUCUCCGAGAAAGCUCUCGUCGAUGGCAGGCUCCCACGGACCCGACAAGGCCGCUCCUCCUUCCCGCCACGGCGGAUGCAUCGAGGCCAGGGCCGUGGCUCCGGUGGAAGCUUUGGGAACCCUGGUUCUUUGUUUUUUCUUCUCUUUUCCUUUUCUUUUGAUCGUUCUCGUGUUAUAUUUUUUCUCUUCUUCUUGAUCUAGGGUUAGGGUUUAUGUAGAUCUAUGGGGUCAGGAUACGAUGGCACCGAUGGAUCCGACGAGGUCUCUGCGCCUCCUCGCGGCGGCGAAUAAAGUCGAGGCCCUGGCGGUAGUUACGGUGGAAACUAGGAAUCGAGGCUCUUAGUUCUUCUGCUUCCCUUUUCUUCUGAACGCCCUGGUUCCUUUUUUUUUUUUUUUUUUUUCAUUUUCUUGAUCUGGGGUUAUGGUUUGUGUAGAUCUAGGGGUCAGAUUCGUACGAUUUCGACGGACCUGACGAGGCCGCUCCGCCUCCCCGCGGUGGCGAAUACAGCCGAGGACGGGCUGAUGGUUACGGUUGAAACUAGGAAUCGAGGCUCUUAGUUCUUCUGCUUCGUUUUUCUUUUGAGCGUUCUCGUUCUUCGUUUCUCCUUUCUUGAUCUAGGGUUAGGCUUUGUAUGGAUCCAAAGGUCAGGUUCCUACGGCUCCGAUGGACCUGAUAAGGACGUUUCGCCUCCGCGCGACGGCGAAUACAGCCGACGACGGGCCGCUGGUUACCAUGGAAACUCCAUGAAUCCUGGUUCUUGGUUCUUUUCUUUUCAACGUUCUUGUCGUUCUUUUUUUCCUUUUCUUGUCAAGCAUUUAUGUUUGUGUAUAUCUAGGGUUUGGUUCUUGGGGCGGUUUUGAUAUAGGUGGUGGCGAUGGAUAUGAGGGCGGUGAGAUCUCAGUGGGGAAACAGGGGAGGUGGUGACCGCAGUGGAGGAGAUGGUUGGGAAGGCGAUUAGCACUGCCCCACCCGAGGACGGGCUGGUGGUUACCAUGGAAACUCCAUGAAUCCUGGUUCUUGGUUCUUUUCUUUUUUUUCUUUUCAAUGUUCUUGUCGUUCUAUUUUUCCUUUUCUUGUCAAGCAUUUAUGUUUGUGUAUAUCUAGGGUUUGGUUCUUGGCACAGUCUUGAUAUAGGUGGUGGCGAUGGAUACGGUGGCGGUGAGAUCUCAGUGGGGAAACAGGGGAGGUGGUUACCGCGGUGGAGGAGAUGGUUGGGAAGGCGAUUAGCACUGCCCCACCCGAGGACGGGGGCCGGUGGUUACCAUGGAAACUCCAUGAAUCCUGGCAUCAAUGAUCAAACCCCACCACCGACUUGGUGCUCGGAGAUCCCAUCUUUCAUCCUCGUUUGGUGAGUUUUGGUAUUGCUUGAUCCAACGGAUUUCUUCGCGUGCUUGGCAACUUUGGGCGUCUCUGGCGGACCCGAUAGCAUGGCGUUGUGCGUCUUGACGGCGGGAUGGAAAUUGGAUGGUUCGAUCGAUCACAAAGAACAAGGUUGCGUGCCGAGAGCGAGAGCGCAGAGGAGGCGAUUUUGGCGCGAGACAGAGUGAACAAAAUGGGUGUCAAAUGUGAGAUUGAGACUUGUGAUCGGUCGGGUGGUCGACCAAAGCAUGGUCAUUUGCAAGAGGCUGCUCGUGAAAUUGAGUUCUAGGCGUCAGAUUCGUACGAUUUCGACGGACCUGACGAGGCCGCUCCGCCUCCCCGCGGUGGCGAAUACAGCCGAGGACGGGCUGAUGGUUACGGUUGAAACUAGGAAUCGAGGCUCUUAGUUCUUCUGCUUCGUUUUUCUUUUGCGUGUUCUCGUUCUUCGUUUCUCCUUUCUUGAUCUAGGGUUAGGCUUUGUAUGGAUCCAAGGGUCAGGUUCCUACGGCUCCGAUGGACCUGAUAAGGACGUUUCGCCUUCGCGCGGUGGCGAAUACAGCCGACGACGGGCCGGUGGUUACCGUGGAAACUCCAUGAAUCCUGGUUCUUAGUUCUUUUCUUCUUCUUUUUUUUUUUUUUUUUUUUUUUCUUUUCAACGUUCUUGUCGUUCUAUUUUUCCUUUUCUUGUCAAGCAUUUAUGUUUGUGUAUAUCUAGGGUUUGGUUCUUGGCACAGUCUUGAUAUAGGUGGUGGUGAAGGAUAUGGGGGCGGUGAGAUCUCAGUGGGGAAACAGGGGAGGUGGUGACCGCAGUGGAGGAGAUGGUUGGGAAGGCGAUUAGCACUGCCCCACCCGAGGACGGGCUGGUGGUUACCAUGGAAACUCCAUGAAUCCUGGUUCUUGGUUCUUUUCUUUUUUUUCUUUUCAAUGUUCUUGUCGUUCUAUUUUUCCUUUUCUUGUCAAGCAUUUAUGUUUGUGUAUAUCUAGGGUUUGGUUCUUGGCACAGUCUUGAUAUAGGUGGUGGCGAUGGAUACGGUGGCGGUGAGAUCUCAGUGGGGAAACAGGGGAGGUGGUUACCGCGGUGGAGGAGAUGGUUGGGAAGGCGAUUAGCACUGCCCCACCCGAGGACGGGGGCCGGUGGUUACCAUGGAAACUCCAUGAAUCCUGGCAUCAAUGAUCAAACCCCACCACCGACUUGGUGCUCGGAGAUCCCAUCUUUCAUCCUCGUUUGGUGAGUUUUGGUAUUGCUUGAUCCAACGGAUUUCUUCGCGUGCUUGGCAACUUUGGGCGUCUCUGGCGGACCCGAUAGCAUGGCGUUGUGCGUCUUGAAGACGGCGGGAUGGAAAUUGGAUGGUUCGAUCGAUCACAAAGAACAAGGUUGCGUGCCGAGAGCGAGCGCAGAGGAAACAAAAUGGGUGUCAAAUGUGAGAUCGAGACUUGUGAUCGGUCGGGUGGUCGACCAAAGCAUGGUCAUUUGCAAGAGGCUGCUCGUGAAAUUGAGGUACCAAAUCUUUGAGGAUGUUUGCAUCAAGCAACACAUUGGAAUCCUUCUCAUUGCACACCAUGCAGAUGACCAGGGAGGAAGAGAAGGAUGGGUUCCACAUGCCAUGACCCAGGGAACUCCUUGCUUCCCUCAGCCACUGCCGGCGGCGAGGUUUCCGGCUCCACCACCUGUUCCGGGCAUCGUCCCCCAACCCAUGUAUACACCGAUUCCUCCUCCCGUGACCGACCACUCCAGCUCGCAGCUUCAACUUGAUGCUCAUCCUGUUGAUCGGGAAAGUCUUGUAUCUCGUGUCCAGGAAGGGUUCACCUCCUGUCUUGUCUUCCCCAUGGAUUGUUUGUUUCCAGGAUGGUGUGGAACUCUAAUGUUGCAGUGUAGCGGUUUCUUCGGUACAGAAGCAGACCUUCAACUGUUGUGGGACAGAAGCCAUGAUUAAUAAGCUCAAACAAUUCCCUAAAGCUCAAUAGAUCAAACAUGUCUGCCGUUUGAAGAGGGUCUUCUUAUGCCUACAGGACAUGUCUGGAAGCAAGAUUUGGUUCAGGAGACAUAUGCAUAUGCUUCUUCCAUUUCUCUUCUUUACUUGAUCCUGCACCUGCCAUGAGAUCUACUGAGAUCUUGUAGCAGUAUGUCAUAUGGUAAGCUAUACUUAUAUAAACUUGAUUGGAGUGGUUGGAAGUUCAUCAUAGACAAUGGAUAGUGUGUGUGUGUGUAUUCAUUGCUUAUAGAAUAGAGAUGAUGUUGAUGGCUAACAAGAAGGUUAGAUCUAGCGAAAUCUAACAGUCCUUUUCCUUACUAUUAUCAACUUGUCCUAUAUAUUAAAGAACAUUAUUCA